UUUGUAACUCAUUAACUGCACUGAAGAACUAAUUAUUUUACAAAAAAAAUGGCUCCAGUGAUAUUCCUGUUCGCGCUUGCCGUUCUGACGAAACUUUCUGAAGCCUACUCUCUCCCAUACCUUCCUGGUAAUGAAAUUGAAGAUUCCUGGCCACAUGAUUGCGAGGGCAGAAAUUACUGUUGGAUAAAAACCGACGCUUACCGAAAACAACAAAAUAUAUUCGACAAGGUUUUGAGUGGACAGGUCAUGAACUACAGGCUAGGUGAGGAAGUGAGCAACCGAGACGGCGAAGGUAGUGAGGUGAAAGAUAUUGGCAACUGCGGGCCAUCCACAACCGAGCUCAAAACGAUAUACAUGAUCAAAGAUGAGGAAGGCACGGUCUGGUACGUCCCACAAACCACCAAUUACACCAUUCGGGUCCAAAUCGAGGAAUGCGGCAAGAAGCUUGGCCCCAUAACGGAAUCUGAACACACUGGUUUGGAAAGAUUUUUCUUGAAAGAAUAUCAAGUGCACUGCGUCGAGCAAAGAGUCGAGUUUACAUUCCCUGUACUGCACCAGAACGGCAACAAAUACUACAUCAAGUUAAUGUCACCUGCGAAAGGGCUUCCCCUGAGUUGCUCAGCUAAAAUACUUAAACAAUAACUUCACUCUCCCUUGUCACUGGUGAUUGAUCAUACCGUGAGUCUGCGCGCGUACUACCACGGUACUAUUAUGGUAACAUUCUAUUUCCAACGACAGCUGCACUACUGUCAAUUUUACUAUGGAUAUUGACAAUGACAGCGACGCCUUCAGUACUACGAUUGCAGCUGCGGUUAGAAAUGGAAUGUUACCAUUAGGCUCCGACAGAAUACCAGCGCUGCGGCAGCAAUCCUGCAGCUGCAGCACAUAGUACUGAGUCAGCGCCUUUUCGCGAGUACACGGUCGUCACAAAAUAAAAUCCUAGUAGUUAGUAAUUAAGUUUAGUAUAGUACUUAGACCUAAGUUUUAUUUUUAUUAUAAGUUCUUUAUUUUUCUUUGUCACGAUAAUGUUUUGCAAUAAAGUUUUUAUUGAAGUAUCUAUCACUGUAGAUGAAAUAAUGGAAUAUCUUUUGGACGCUAUGAUAAAAGCGCGCAAAAAACUCGUACUUAAGAGAUUACCAGUUUAAGAUCCGAAUGUAAACUUUAGGCACAGACUAUAUACAAACAGACAUCACAUUGGUCCGCGUUCAUUGCUACUAACCAAGAAUUUCCACAUUGCACGGUUGUGCGCUGGUUUCAUACUAUAUCUUGACCUGUAGCCUUACCACGACUGCCUUAAGUAGCAGUGUCAAAUACACAUAUUCGCUCGCACUAAAUGCGAGUACAAGCGAGAUGCGUAGAAAGUAAGUUACGCACACGCUAUAGUAAAUUAUGUAUGUCAGUGUCAAGCUGGUGUUACCUUACUAUGUACUUACAUGUAAAAAUUCUCACAUCUGGCAUAUAGAGUUGUGCUUUAAGUACUUUUUGUGUAUGUGUUUUUAUAUAUAGUUACCUAUUAUUUUAUACUGAAGAUGUAACGUUGUGUUUAAAAUAUGUA